AUGAAACCAGUACGUCGUUCGCAAUCAGGAUCAGAUGAGUAUGAUGAAGAAAAUCUUGAUCGUCAUCGACAUUUAAUCGUACAAGGUUAUGGAAGUUUACCUAAUCGUAAUCUAGUAUCAUUACUUCCGGCAGCUAUGAAAGGGUACAAUGAGCUUCUGGAUCGUAUUAAGGCAGUACUAGAUAAACGAAAUCGACCUUAUUUAAAUGUGUUCAAUCUUGGAUGUGACGAAGAUUUAACUGAAGCUGUAUUUCGAGCUGCUCUGCGAAGUUCUCAAGAUAAAAACAAGACGGAUAGUAAUAACAAAGGUCAAUCUGAUGCAGACCCAUCCGAUAAACAAGAAAUCCUUCGUGAUUUGUUGCUAUGGAGCGUUUAUACUGGCCGCAGCGACACUGCUGUUGUUAUUUUACUUUAUAUUCAAGAACGCAUAGGUGCAGCACUCUUAGCUGCGGCGUUAGCCAUCAGAAUAUCAUCGUCGGCAAAAGAAAUAAAUAAACGUAAAGUAUUUAGCGAUCAUGCUAAAGAAUAUGAAAAAUAUGCUACCAGUUGUAUCAAUGCUUGUCACAAACGAAACGAAGAGCGUACAUCUCAUAUUCUCCUAUCCAAGAAAAAGAUUUAUGGCGAUGCAACGUAUAUGCAAGUAGGUUGA